UGAUUGAUCACCGAACAAAUGAUUUUUUCUUUUUAAUCACCCAAAUCUUUACCUUGUCAGCCCAUCAGUCCACACCGCACCGACGGCAACGCGGUUCUUUGUUUGAAACUUCGAGUAAACGAUUUCUAUCUCGGUUCUUUCGCUUGUCCUCUCCUCUCCUCUCUUUCUUUGUUUCUUCUUCUUUUCUCUCUCCAGCAUCUGUGAGGAGAUCUACUUCGCCAGCCAGAGAUCGGUAGCUUCUGAAAACAAUUGUUGCCGGUUUAACGCCGAUCUAAGUCGGUCGUUACCGACAUGGAGAGCCUGAUAUCUUUGGUCAACAAAAUACAGAGAGCGUGUACGGCCCUCGGCGAUCACGGCGAUGAGAGCGCUCUGCCCACUCUCUGGGACGCCUUGCCUUCAAUCGCCGUCGUCGGCGGUCAGAGCUCUGGUAAGUCUUCAGUGUUGGAAAGCAUCGUAGGAAAGGACUUUUUACCUCGUGGAUCAGGGAUUGUUACCCGACGUCCUCUUGUCCUACAGCUUCAUAAGAUUGAUGAAGGAAGGGAAUAUGCGGAGUUCAUGCAUCUCCCAAGAAAGAGGUUCACUGAUUUUGCUGCUGUGAGGAAGGAGAUUGCUGAUGAGACUGACCGAGAGACAGGGCGCACAAAACAAAUCUCCAGCGUACCAAUUCAUCUCAGUAUCUAUUCCCCUAAUGUUGUGAACUUGACACUGAUUGAUCUUCCUGGACUUACAAAAGUAGCUGUUGAGGGUCAGCCCGACAGCAUUGUGCUAGACAUUGAGAAUAUGGUUCGGUCCUAUAUUGAGAAGCCCAACUGUCUGAUUCUGGCAAUUUCUCCUGCAAAUCAAGAUCUUGCUACCUCUGAUGCAAUUAAAAUUUCUCGUGAAGUAGACCCCAAAGGGGAGAGGACAUUUGGAGUUUUGACGAAGAUUGAUCUUAUGGACAAGGGUACUGAUGCAGUUGAAAUCUUGGAAGGGCGGGCUUUUAAGCUACAGUUCCCUUGGAUUGGGGUCGUGAAUCGCUCCCAAGCUGAUAUUAACAAAAGUGUUGACAUGAUUGCUGCUCGGCGUAGAGAGCGGGAGUAUUUUGCCAAUUCCCCAGAGUACAAGCAUCUUGCACACAGGAUGGGUUCUGAGCAUUUAGGAAAGAUGCUUUCCAGACAUUUGGAAACUGUCAUCAAGUCUCGAAUCCCGGGCCUUCAGUCUCUUAUUAGCAAGACUAUCAUUGAACUUGAGUCAGAGUUGAGUCGUCUUGGGAAGCCUGUUGCGACUGAUGCUGGAGGAAAAUUGUACAUGAUUAUGGAAAUCUGCCGUGGUUUUGAUCAAAAUUUUAAAGAACAUCUUGAUGGCAUACGCCCAGGUGGUGAUAAAAUAUACAAUGUAUUUGAUAAUCAACUUCCUUCUGCUUUGAAGAGGUUGCAAUUUGACAGGCAGCUUUCAAUGGAGAAUGUACGAAAGCUAAUUACUGAAGCUGAUGGAUAUCAACCUCAUCUAAUAGCUCCUGAGCAAGGAUAUCGUCGUCUAAUUGAAUCUUCACUAGUUACGAUUAAGGGCCCUGCUGAGGCAGCUGUAGAUGCAGUUCAUGGCAUACUGAAAGAACUGGUUCACAAGGCAAUGAGUGAGACUAUGGAGCUAAAACAAUAUCCCACUCUUAGAGUGGAGGUCGGGAAUGCAGCUAUUGAGUCAUUGGACAGGAUGAAGGAUGAAAGCCGAAAAGCAACUCUACAGCUAGUAGAAAUGGAAUGUAGUUACUUGACAGUCGAUUUCUUCCGGAAGCUUCCUCAAGAUGUUGAGAAGGGUGGAAAUCCAACACAUUCCAUUUUUGAUAGAUAUAAUGAUUCAUAUCUUCGGCGAAUUGGAACAACUGUCUUGUCUUACGUCAACAUGGUUUGUGGAAGUUUGAGGAACUCUAUCCCCAAGUCCAUUGUUUAUUGUCAAGUGCGUGAGGCCAAACGCAGCUUACUCGAUCAUUUCUUCACUGAGUUGGGUAAAAAGGAGGGUAGACAGUUAGGGUCAUUGUUGGAUGAGGAUCCAUCGGUAAUGCAGCGGCGCAUCUCUCUUGCACAGAGGCUGGAGUUAUACAGAAGUGCACAAGCAGAGAUUGAUGCUGUUGCGUGGGCCAAGUAGAAGGGUUUACGUUUUUGUUUUCUCUUUUCCUUUUAGUAUAGCCAUGGGAGGGAUGUGAUUCUUUGAUUUAUGACGACGAUAAAUACUUUAUAUGUCAGUGAGGGAGGGGGUUGAUGUAUUAAUUGUUUAGUAUACUUUUGAGAGAUUUCUAUGAUAUGCUCUAUUGUAUCCACGGUUUUAUUUUAUUUACAAUUUGGGACCAAUUUGUCAUUAA